AUGUCGGGCGGAUCCUCAACCGCGACGGUAGAGCUCCAGGAAGCCCCCGUCCACAAGCUCAGCGGGCCACCACCGCUGGCAGAGCAGCAGAGCUUCGACAACGGAACAGGCCCUGCUCGUCCAGGCAGAACGCUUGGGAAGGACGGCAGCCCCCGGGUGAGCAACGACGGGCCUCCCAGCAACCACGACAGCGUCUCCUCGCUCCCGGCCCCGACGACGGUGUCGCACACCGUCGAGAGAUGGAACCAGUCGCGGUCGCACGUGCUCCGGGUCCUCGCCGCGUUCUGGUCCAUGCUCGUCAUGGGCAUGAACGACGCCGCCUACGGCGCCCUCAUCCCGUACCUGGGCACGUACUACCGCCUCGAGUACACGCUCGUGUCUCUCAUCUUUCUCUCCCCGUUCGUCGGCUACACCCUGUCUGCCCUCCUCAACAACCAGAUCCACCAGAAGCACGGCCAGCGAGGCGUCGCGAUCCUUACCUCUGGGUGCCACAUCGUCGCCUACGCCAUUGCCUGCGUGCACCCGCCGUACCCCGUUCUCGUGGUCGUGUACAUGCUGGCUGGCUUUGGUAACGGGCUGGGCGAUGCCGCUUGGAACGCCUGGAUUGGCAACAUGGCCAACGCGAACGAGGUCUUGGGUGUGAUGCAUGCCUUUUAUGGCGCCGGUGGUGUCUUCGCCCCUCUGAUCGCGACCUCCAUGAUCACCAAGGCGGACCUCCAGUGGUACCACUUCUACUACAUCAUGAUCGGCGCCGCCGCCAUCGAGCUGGCCGCCACGGUGCCGGCCUUCUGGAAGGCCACGGGCAAGGUGUUCCUCGACUCCCACCCCAAGACCACAGACAACGCCGGGAGCUCGAGCCUGAAAGAGGCCCUCCUGAAGAUGCCCGCUGCCCGCGUGACGUGGCUCUGCGCGGCCUUCUUGCUGUGCUAUGUCGGGGUGGAAGUGGCGCUCGGCGGCUGGAUCGUCAAGUUCAUGAUUGAAGUGCGCAACGGGGAGCCAUUCGCAUCAGGAAUGACAGCCACAGGGUUCUGGUUAGGCAUCACUGUAGGGCGAGUCGUCCUCGGCUUCAUCACACCGAUGCUCGGAGAGAGACUGGCCGUCAUGAUAUAUCUGCCCGCAGCCAUGGGCCUCGAACUCCUCUUCUGGCUCGUCCCGCGGUUUAUCGUCUCGGCCGUCGCGGUGUCGCUGCAGGGCUUCUUCCUCGGCCCCCUGUUCCCCGCCGUCGUCGUCGCCGCCACCAAGUCGCUGCCGAAGCACCUGCACGUCAGCGCCGUCGGCUUCGCUGCUGCCUUUGGUGGCGGGGGCGCGGCCAUCCUGCCGUUCGCGGUUGGCGCCAUCGCCCAGUCCAAGGGCGUCGGCGUGCUCCAGCCCAUCAUCUUGGCGCUGCUGGGAGUCUUAUUGCUACUGUGGAUAGGCUUGCCCAAUUUUAGCAAGAAGAAGGACUAG